AUGGCUAAUCCCGCGUUACAACCAGAUCUAGAUGUCAUAGCUGGCUAUGAGGUCUACCCGGAGCAGGACUACUGCCCCAAGACGGCGGCCAGCCUCCGCCACCAGACACAUCCCCUCGACCAGCUGUCAAUGCAGGAAAUCUCCCACGCGGUCAAGCUGAUUCGCGACAAGGCGAGCCCCGUCGAGCUCAAGUUCAACUGCGUCACCCUCCGCGAGCCGCUCAAGGCCGAGUACGCCGCCUUCAAGGCCGGCGCCGGCCCCCGCCCGGAGCGCAAGGCCUUUGCCAUUGUCAUCCAGCGCGGCAGCAACACCUGCGCCGAGGUCAUUGUCAACCUGACCGAAUCCACCAUUACGCAGUGGAAGCCCGUCAGCGAGGUAGCUCCGACGCUGACGCUCGAGGACCUCGACGUCAUGGAGCGCGUCUCGCGCAAGGAUCCGCGCGUCAUCCGCGCCUGCGAGGAGAUUGGCAUCACCGACAUGUCCAAGGUGUACCUCGACGGUUGGGCCGUCGGCUUCGACGACCGCUGGGACUUUAGCCGCCGCCUGCAGCAGGGACUGGCGUACUAUCGCCACUCGCCCAGCGACAACCAGUACGCGCACCCGCUGGAUUUCUGUGUCGUCGCCGACACCGAGACCGAAGAGGUGCUCAGCGUCGACAUCCGGUACGUCAACGGCGAGCGCACGCUGCCGCCGCUGGACUCGCACAACUUCCUGCCCGAGUUCAUCGAGCAGGGGUACAACACCACCAGGCUCAAGCCGCUCGACAUUACCCAGCCCGAGGGCGUGUCCUUUCAGAUCCGCGGCAACGAGCUCUCGUGGGCUGGCUACAAGAUGCACAUUGGCUUCAACUACCGCGAGGGCAUCGUCAUCUCGGAUGUCCGCAUCGAUGACCCGUACGAGGGCCGCGAGCGUACUCUCUUCAACCGCAUCAGCGUGGUCGAAAUGGUGGUGCCGUACGGCAACCCCGAACCCCCUCACCACAGAAAGCACGCCUUUGACGUGGGCGAGUACGGGACUGGUCUCAUGACCAACUCUCUCAAGCUAGGGUGCGACUGCAAGGGCGCCAUCCACUACAUGGACGGUAUCAUGUCCACCUCGAGCGGUCUCCCCGCCGUCCUCAAAAACGCCAUUUGUAUCCACGAAGAGGACAAUGGCAUCCUCUACAAGCACAUGGACUACCGCGACGCCAGCACCGUCCUCGCGCGCGACCGCAAGCUCAUCAUCUCCCAAAUCAUCACCGCCGCCAACUACGAGUACGCCUUUUACCACACCUUUACCCUCGACGGCACCUACAAGCUCGAGAUCAAGCUCACCGGCAUCCUCAACUCGUACUGCAUGCACCCGUCGGAGACAGCCGCGCCCUACGGCACCGAGGUGGCCCGCGGCGUCAACGCCCACAACCACCAGCACAUCUUCUCGCUGCGCGUCGAUCCCGAGAUUGACGGCACCAACAACACCGUCAUCCAAAACGAUGCCGUCAUGUCGGAGGCGCCGCUCGGGUCCGCCGAGAACCCGUACGGCAACGGCUUCUACUGCAAGAAGACGCCGCUGCGGACGGCCAAGCAGGGCGCCGUCUCGUACCAGCACGAGACGGGCCGCAACUGGGACAUUGUCAACCCCAACGUCAUCAAUGACGUCUGCCACAAGCCCGUCGGGUACAAGAUUGUCAACACGCAGUGCCCGGCGCUGCUCGCCAAGCCCGGCAGCAUGGUCGGCAACCGGGCCGGGUUCGCGCGCAAGAGCCUCUUCGUGCUGCCGUACAAGGACUACGAGCUGUUCCCCGCCGGCGACUACGUCUGCCAGUCCACCGGCCGGCCCGGCCACCAGGACUCGUCCGUCAUCACCGACUGGGUCGAGCGCGACGAGAAUAUCGAAAACACGGACAUUGUCUGCUACGUGCAGUUUGGCCUGACGCACUUUCCGCGCUGCGAGGACUUUCCGCUGAUGCCGGCCGAGCCCGUCAUGGUCAUGAUUCGCGCGUCCAACUUUUUCGCGCGCAAUCCGGCGCUCUGGGUGCCGCCGUCGACGGUCGUCAAGGACCUGAGCUCGCGCACCGCCUUUCAGAAUGCGGGCAACGGCAGCGCAAACAGCUGCUGCGUGGAAAAGCAGCCUCCUAAUUCGCACCUGUAA